AUGUGGAACGACGAGGACAAUAACCCGUACGGCACCAGCUUUGACAGGCGCGACUCGCAAUCGUCGUCUAUCAAUCCGACCUCGCCGUCAACUCGUAAUUAUCAGCCGUUCGAGGCUCCUCAGACACCCACCUCCGAAAGCGAUGACGAUCAUAGGCAAUUUGAUCACAGCGCAAGGCAUGGUGGUAGCGAUGACGAUGGAGACUUGUCACAAGAUGCAGGCCCCAAGCGCAAGCCUGGAGGUUACGACAGUCGAAUCGAACAAAUCCUCUACGAGAACCCCAAACUGUCCAUCAUCAUUACAGAUGCCGGUAAGAGCAUAGAGAGCGGUGGCAGAUAUAUCGUUUACACGAUCAAGACUGGUGACCUUGAAGUGCGCCGUCGGUACUCAGAGUUCGCUUCCCUUCGCGACGCCCUGACACGCCUUCAUCCUACACUCAUCAUUCCCCCCAUUCCCGAGAAGCACACCAUGGCUGAUUAUGCUGCAAACCCCACCAAUGCGAAGCAAGAUCAGCAGAUCAUUGAUCUUCGAAAGCGUAUGCUGGCGGUAUUUCUCAAUCGCUGUCGGCGAAUGGACGAGGUCCGAACAGACGGAGUUUGGUGGCGAUUUCUCGACCCCAAUGCUAGCUGGAGUGAGGUCCUACACUCUCACCCUGUGGCAUCCAUUCCCAAGUCGAUUCUGAAAGCGCCUCCACUGAACCCUGCGAACCCAACUCCCGCCCACCACUACCUACCAGUCCCGGCAGCAUCGGCAAAGCUGAAAACAGUGGCUGGCACCAACCACGAUCACAGCUCAGGUCAUAUCCAAGCAGGACCUCAUGCCUUCGGCCGAUUCCCGCCUGAGGGGCAUAAUCUUGGCGAACAGGAACUGGACCCUUACUUCAUCUCAUACGAAUCCUCGAUCAAGGAGCUCGAGCAACUUUUGACCGGUCCAAUGGAGAAAGUAAACCGCCGAACUCUCAGUCAUCUUUCAUCGUUGGCCGCCGAUCUUUGUGAGCUGGGGUCUGUCUACAAUGCCUUUGCAGUUUCGGAGCAGGCGCCAUCACUCGGACCUGCAAUUGAGCGUAUAGGCCAGGCAGCUGAUUUGUCCUAUAUCGCAACAGAGGAGCUUUCAGGAUCGCUAGGCGCGAGCUUUGCUGAGCCCAUGCGUGAACAUGCGCAAUUCGCAGGCGUUGUUCGGAGCGUGCUAAAAUACCGCGUACUUAAGCGUGUUCAGCAAGAUUUGACUACAGAAGAGUUGAACAAGAAGCGAGCGCUGCUCGAUCAGUUAGAGCAGAGCGAAGCCGAAGCCCGAAGAAUCGAGAAUUACUUAUCUAGUAGCCAACAGAUUUCACCACCCCCAAAAAGAUCAACAAGCCUGAAGGAAUCAUCUUCUCAUCAACGGCGGGAAAGCAGCCAGGAGGAUACCGAAUCCAUCGACUCUGACUUCGCUUCUCAUACGCCUUCUGCCAGUCAAGGCCUACCCGAAAGGAGUACGAGUGCGCCCUCUCAUAAGAAGAUGCCAAGCGGUAACUCGAUAACGAACAAGAUCUUUGGUCCCAUCCGACAUGCAGUACAGGGGGUUGUUGAUGUCGAUCCGGAGAGAACACGUCGAGAUCUAAUCGGGAAGACAAGAGAAAGUAUUGGCCAACUGGAGCAGGCUCAAGUUAUUUCAGAGCGAGAUGUCAAAGAGGCCAGCGCUAGCGUUUUGAAGGAUAUGAAACGGUUCCAGAAGGAUAAGGAGGAUGACUUGCGACGAUACAUGCUCGCGUACGCACAAAGCCAAAUCGAAUGGGCAAAGAAGAGCAAGCAACAGUGGGAAGAAGCUCGUGCAGAGGUGGAAAAGAUUGACGAGUAUUGA